AUGGUUGAUCGCACUAUUGUCGUUCGUUGUAAUGUUGUGGACCCUCUCUUGGAAGGAGAAGUCGUCGACGAAGAGCUCUUCGAGACCCCCACGAUUCGACGCUUCAAAUUUGCUUUCACUGUCGACCAACAUCAUCUGAAGGACCAGCAUCAUCGACUAUACCUUUCAGAAUCUGAAAGGUAUAGUCGUGUUGCUGAGGCUGACCGAGAGGCUUUCAAGCUUUAUGCUCAUACCUUGGCUGAGAGGCUAAAGCCGCUCAGUCGGCGAAACGCCUUCGGUGGUCUUGAAGAUGUCGAUCAGCUGCUCAAGAAGGCUCACAAUAAAGUUCCCAAGGAGCCAUCAAAGGACAACAAAAGGAAGGAUUCUGACCGUGGUGUUUGCAUCUAUUACCAGACGGGUGACUGUAUUACAGUCACUGUAACAGAGGAGAACGGUGCCCGUUUAAGCAUAUCCUACUGA